GGUAGCGGAAGGCGACUUCCAACUUCCCGUGUUACUCCCCGGCCGCCUCCAGGCCGCAGCUCGGUGUGAGCAGCCCCGCAGGCCGGGCACUGACCGGGGGCGGCCCCACGGCCCGGCUGCCGCUGGAGGAGGCUCCGCUGAGGAGCUGGAAAGGGAAGAAUGGACUCUCUGGAUCACAUGCUGACAGACCCCUUGGAGCUGGGGCCGUGUGGGGAUGGAAAUGGGACACGGAUCAUGGAGGACUGUCUGCUGGGGACAACCAGGGUCAGUCUGCCCGAGGACCUUCUGGAGGACCCUGAGAUCUUCUUUGAAGUCGUCAGCUUGUCGACGUGGCAGGAGGUGCUGACGGAUGCACAGCAAGAACAUCUAAAAACCUUCUUGCCUCGCUUCCCUGAGAACAACCACGAGCAUCAGAACAAAAUCAUCUCUGCUUUGUUCAAUGGCGAAAACUUCCGCUUUGGAAAUCCACUGCACAUCGCCCAGAAACUCUUUCGGGAUGGACACUUCAAUCCCGAGGUUGUGAAGUACCGGCAGCUGUGUCUGAAGUCGCAGUACAAACGCUACCUGAGCUCUCAGCAGCAAUACUUCUACCGGCUGCUCAAGCAGAUCCUUGCUUCCCGCAAUUACUUGCUGGAGUUAGCUAGGAAAGGAGGCCCUGAUAUGAUCAUGAAGAGAAAGCAUUUCUCACCGUCGUAUGACGCAGAAGAGCGGGAGAAACGGACACACCGGCGCUACUUGAAGAUUCUGAGGGAAGUGAAAGAGGAGUGUGGAGAUACCACUUUGUCUUCUGAUGAAGAAGAUCUAAGCUCCUGGCCUCCGAGCUCUCCCACACGUUCUCCAAGUCCACCAGUUCCCCUGAGAGUGAUACCCACAUUGUCAACCAUGGACAUGAAAACAGCAGACAGAAUAGAACUUGGUGAGAGUGAUUUGAAGAUGAUGCUGAGGAAACACCGUGAGAAACGAAAGUACCAACCUGACCACCCGGAUUUAGUGACAGCAGACAUUACCCUGGAGGACAUUAUGACUCGUGUAAAUGCUGGCAGGAAAGGUUCCUUAGCAGCUUUAUUUGACCUUGCAACCUUCAAGAAAAAGGUGAAGGAAAAGGAUGAUAAAAAGAAGAAGAAGCUGAAGGUCAUUAAAUCAGAGGUGGAAGAUUUGGCUGAUUCUUUCAGCAGUGCACAUGGGAUCCCAUCGCUGUCUCAGGAUCAUUCCCCCAUCCCUCUGUCAUCUGUCAAAGAGGAACCUCUUGAAGACAUGAAGCCGUGCCUUGGAGUAAAUGAAAUAUCUUCCAGCUUCUUUUUCCUCCUGUUGGAGAUACUGUUUCUGGAAGGACCUGCCAGUCUCUCUGUGCUUGAGGAUAAAGUUAUAGAUUGGCAAACCUCUCCUGCCAGUGCACUGAAUACCUGGUUCUCCUUUGCCCCUAAUUGGUCUGAACUGGUUUUACCUGCCUUGCAGUACCUGUCAGGUGACAGCAGAGAUGUUCCAUCCAGCUUCUCACCUUUUGUUGAAUUCAAGGAAAAAACUCAGCAGUGGAAAUUACUUGGUUCUUGCCAAGAUCAUGAGAAAGAACUGGCAGCCCUGUUUCAGCUCUGGUUGGAAACCAAGGACCAGACUUUCUUCAGAGAAAAUGAAGACAGCUUAGAUGCCACAACGCCAGUUCCUAGAGUAAGGACUGACUAUGUUGUCCGACCUAGCACUGGAGAGGAGAAACGUGUGUUCCAGGAGCAGGAACGUUACCGUUACAGCCAGCCCCACAAAGCUUUCACCUUCCGUAUGCACGGCUUUGAGUCGGUUGUUGGUCCUGUGAAGGGGGUGUUUGACAAGGAAACAUCAUUAAACAAAGCCCGGGAGCAUUCUCUCCUGAGAUCAGACAGACCAGCGUAUGUCACCAUCUUGUCUCUUGUUCGUGAUGCUGCUGCUCGGCUUCCCAAUGGAAGAGGAACUCGUGCUGAAAUCUGUGAGCUGCUUAAAGAUUCCCAGUUCCUUGCGCCUGAUGUCACAAGUGCUCAAGUUAACACUGUUGUUAGUGGUGCUUUGGAUCGAUUGCAUUAUGAGAAAGAUCCCUGUGUUAAAUACGACAUUGGACGCAAGUUGUGGAUCUACCUGCACCGGAACAGGAGUGAGGAGGAGUUUGAACGGAUCCACCAGGCUCAAGCUGCUGCAGCAAAGGCCAAGAAGGCUCUGCAGCAGAAGCCAAAACCUCCUGCAAAAGUGAAAUCUAGUAACAAGGAGAGCUCAGUGAAGGCUCCCCCCAGCAGCACGUCAGAGCCCAGUCAGCUGAGCCUCAGUGACUCCAGCUUGCCUCCAACUCCAGUGACUCCUGUGACACCGACUGCACCAGCAUUACCACCAACACCUAUUUCACCCCCACCGGUGUCUGUGGUUAGCAAGAGUGUAUCUAGUGCUGGAUCAGAGUCAGCAAAACCCAGCCAAAGUGUUCUUCUGGUUUCAUCCCCUACCAUGCCACAGCUUGGGACGUUGCUUUCCACAGCCCAGAGUUCACAGACCCAGCCUGGGCAGCAGCCACCUCCCGCCAGGGUGGUGAGUCAUACUGCAUCCUCAGUAUUGCCACAGGUCCGGGUGGUCAGUGCCCAGUCCAGCAUCCCAGCUGUGUCUCAGCAAGCCCCGGUGGUAACGCAGCAGCAGCAGCAGCAGCCUACAUCAGUGUCUCAGAUCCGUGUUCCAGCUACAGCCACACAAACCAAAGGACUCCCUCAGGCUGUGAUGACUUUACCAGUAAAAGCUCAAACCAGCCCAGCUCAGGUGCAAAGACAAGGAACUUCUGUGACAGGACAGACAGGCAUCACUGUGACAGGACUGUCUGCAGCACCCAGUCCUGCUGUAAAGGCAGUAACCAGCUCUCCAGGCAGUUCUGCUACAAGCACCUCCUCUACCACUGUCAUCCAGAAUGUAGCUGGCCAGAAUAUCAUCAAGCAGGUGGCCAUUACAGGGCAGCUUGGCAUGAAGACCCAGCCUGGAAGCAGCAUCCCACUUACAGCUACCAAUUUUCGGAUCCAAGGCAAGGAUGUGCUGCGCCUGCCCCCCUCCUCCAUCACCACGGAUGCGAAGGGACAGACUGUGCUGCGUAUCACCCCGGACAUGAUGGCCACCCUGGCCAAAUCUCAAGUCACUACCGUCAAACUGACUCAGGAUCUCUUCACAGCAGCUGCUGGAAGCAGUACUAGUGGGAAGGGCAUUUCUGCAACACUGCAUGUGGCAUCCAAUCCUGUCCAGACUGCUGAUUCUCCAGCCAAGACCAGCACAGCCUCAUCUUCUUCUUCCAGUCCAGCUGGAAGCACAGUGGUUAAAGUGACCCCUGAUUUAAAGACCGCAGAGCCAACGAGUUCUGCUUUCAGACUGAUGCCUGCUCUAGGCAUGACUGUGGCAGAUCAGAAGAGCAAAGCCAUUACUACAGUGUCAUCCACUGAGGCCAAGCCAGCUGCUACCAUAAGAAUCGUCCAAGGGCUGGGGGUGAUGCCACCCAAAGCUGGGCAGACAAUUACCGUAGCUACUCAUGCUAAGCAAGUACCCUCCUCUGCAGCAGUGACCGUGCCUGGCACAGUCCACACCUCAGCUGUCUCAUUACCAACCAUGAGUGCCACAGUGUCAAAAGCAGUUGCUGUUGCUUCAGGAGCUGCUGGGACUCCCAUAACUAUAGGCACAGGAGGUACUGCUGUGCGGCAGGUACCUGUCAGCACCACAGUAGUGUCUACAUCACAGGCAGGUAAAUUGCCAGCCCGAAUAACGGUGCCUCUGUCAGUGAUCAGCCAGCCAGUGAAAGGCAAGAGUGUGGUGACUGCCCCCAUCAUCAAGGGCAACCUCGGGGCCAACAUCAGUGGGUUGGGUAGAAACAUCAUCCUGACCACGAUGCCAGCGGGGACAAAACUGAUUGCUGGGAACAAACCAGUGAGUUUUCUGACUGCACAGCAACUGCAGCAGCUGCAGCAGCAAGGCCAAGCCACACAGGUGAGAAUUCAAACAGUACCAGCCUCCCAUCUCCAGCAGGGAACAGUGUCUGGCUCAACUAAAGCUGUUUCCACUGUCGUCGUGACAACAGCUCCAUCUCCAAAACAGUCCCAAGAUCAGCUAUGAGAACUGGCCUCAAAACUACUCGCUUUCCAACAGCUUCCCUGAAUACGUUGUUAUCUUCCAUCCGGCCAUCCAAGGUUACCUAACCACAGUCAUGGCAAAGGAUUGGUCUGGAUUCUGUCACGUGCAACACACGUUACUUGUUCUGCAGUCAGCGUGUGAUGUCGAGGUAGAAGUUCCACAUCAGAAGAUGCUGUACCUGUA